ACACGCUGGGAGAGAGAAAGCAAGCGGGGAGAGUUGUUUAUUGGGGGUUUCGACGGUGGCCGGCAAUCGAUUCCUUCGCCGACCUCAAAUUUUUGGUGCGGAUCCGAGGAAUCGCCUCCCUGGAGCGCUUAAUUUGAAGAAUUCCGGUGGGUUCCGGUCCGAUCGCGGUUAUCUUCAAAUGCUUCUGCGUUUUGGGUGGUCGGGAAGAUGCAGCCUGCCUCGUCGGAUCGGAGAUCGACUUACCUCGACGCGCUCACGCUGGAGAUCGAGAGGAAGCUCCGGAAGGCUUUGAGCUCGCCAGGACAGAGACCUUAUUUGCUUCAACAGUUGUUUGCUGAUGUGGCUUUGGAGAUCGAGGAUCGAACUCUUGACAUAAUUUUUGACAAGGACGAAGAUCAAAUUGUUGCUGCACAAGAUGGAAUUGAUGCCAGCCUUUGCUUCUAUGAUGUACUCGCUGAUUAUUAUGUCGAAGAACCUGAAAGAGCAAAGUGCAUACUUUCUUUAAUUGUCCAAUUAUGGAGCCAAUCUUUUGUGUCACAUAUAUUUGCCCUCCUGUUUCAUAAGUGGUUAUUUGAAGUUUCUGUUGAAAACACUGAAACACUACUACGCUAUGGAUCUGCCCUUGUUCAAGGUGCCGGCAACGUUUUCUGGAUUGACAUCCAAACAAAUAGAAAGAGAUUUUUAUCUCUGUUCACUUAUCUUCUCGAGGAGGUUGCUCUUGUACCAGAAAGGAGCCUCAAGAUAUCUAUUCAGGCCCGUCGAGAUCUCUACCUUCUCCUCUCCAGGUUCUUAUUCUUCUACGAUGCUGAUGACUCGCUUGAAAAUUUUCUGAAGAACUUUCCCACCUUUCCUAAUGCUUUCUUGGUUGGAGGUCCCGUAGACAUAUUUGUGAUCGAACUUACUGAUCAGCUUCAAAAGUUAAAAGUGGAGCCUGUGCUUGUACAUUAUCUGUCCCGUAUGAGUGCUCUUCGAGGUCUAGAGUUGAGAAUGACUACAAGUACAAGACUAAAGGCAUGCCUCUACAGCUUCACUUCUCCUGGAGGGCCAACAUAUCCGACGAGAGUUGUACGACAUGCCGCCUGGGAUACAUUGGAUCUGCUCUUUCCUGUGGGUCAAUAUCCUCGGCAUGUUAUAAGCCUCUUCUUUCGAUUGCUCUAUCCUUGGUACUGGCCUUCCUCCUGUUGGAAUUUUAUUAUGACAUGCGUGAAGACGGUUGUAUACUACUUCAUAGGACUACUAGCUUCCGGUCGGGAGAACUUGAGAAGACCCAAAAGAACUUGAGAAGUAUAGCAAAUGCUCACAAAUGCCGGUAUGUGUUUUAUUUGUUGCUGAGCCUGUGAGUCGAUGUGUUUCUUUAGGUUCUGGAAUGAUAGCUUCCACAAUAUCAAUUCUUCUCUAAUGUUAAGUGGGCAAUUGAAAGGAAACAUCUUACUUAGACGAUACUUUUUAAAAGGGUCAAAAAUCAAAGGGUCACCUCUAUUGGACUAGGAGUGUUUUUUUAUUAUUAUUAAAAGAGUGUACGACUCAUGAGCCCUGGUAAAAUGGUACAAGUAUUCUCAAAUGUAUUGUUUAA